AUGGAGAGACGUCAGAGGAGAGCCGCCAACGCGGAUGUGAGCGACAGGCCAACAAAGAGCUUCCUAUGCAGUCACGUUGGAUGCGGCAAGCGGUUCACCAGGCUUGAGCAUCAGAGGCGUCACGAAUAUAAUCACGGCGUUGGUGACGCUACUUGUCCUCGCUGCAGUGCACACUUUAAACGGCCAGAUCUACUGGAAAGACACCUCAACCGCCAUCGACAGAAAGACGAAGAGGCUGGCGGAGAAGGCAACGGCAUCUUAAACACCCGGAAGCGAUCUUGGAAAGCUCCGGACGGCACCGUCGUCGCCAAAAAACCGGCGGCCUUAGAUCAACAGCCUUCCGAGAACCAGUCUGCCCACCAGGGCCAUCAAGACGGCGUGUCUCUGAACCAGGAGCAAAACACAGAACUUCCAAUCUCACCACCCGCUUCCACGGGGAACGCGGACACGAGCCAUUACCAGGACUUUCAUGUUGAGCAACACGAUGAUUCCAAUUUCCUUUGGGCGUCUGUCUCUGGUGUCGGCUCCGGCCCGAAUGUUCAAGAGGCUUUAUUCAUAGAUCCGGGCCUUAUCCCACCGGGCAUCUCGUCGUCUCAGCAGUACGGACUGCCGUUUGACGACAUCUUCCAGCCCGAUACAGCCUCGAGCUUUAACAUGCCAUAUACGACUGCUGCAAAUUAUAACUUUUUGUUUGGACCACUCAUGGACGUGGACCCUGCAUUUUCUUCCCAUACUUCUCAUCAACCAUUUCCUUCCGUGGACGUCGGUCUCCAUCAGCCGUACCACGAAGGGCUCUCCCUAUCAUCCACCAUGGUGGAUACCUGCGAUAGUCAGGAAGCAUCCUAUAUUCCGACACCUUCUAGCAAUGCUUCCGUCUCGAUCCAGGGUGGCGACAAGGUCAUGACAGAUAGUCAUGACAAUAUCUCUAACAGCCCCCUCCCACGAAUGAAACCAGCCACAUCAUCGCAAGAUUUCUUUACACCCUCCGAGAGUGCUGUCUUGGAACGUCCACUGUCGACUCUCGAUCAAUCCUCCAAGCUGCCCAUCAUACAAGAUGAUGUGCGAGACCGCAUCUUGGAGAUUGUGGACAUUGCCCAACCCGCCGUCCCGGGCGGCAACUUUAACGCUUGGGACCACCCAGGCUUAAGUCUCGGCGCACUUCAAGAAUAUCUAGACCUCUAUUUCACCCAGUUUAAUGCUACAUACCCACUUAUACAUCGUGCGACCUUUGACGCCAAUCAGACCGAGCCCCUAUUGUUGCUAAACAUGAUACUCCUCGGCGCCACCUAUUCGAAUCGAGAGGCUCAUCAGCUCGCCGUCUGUAUCCACGACCCAAUCCGACCCCAAAUAUUCAGCCAUGCCGGCUUCACGGCCAAGCCUGAGCUCUGGGUUCUGAAGACCAUCUUGUUGGUUGAAUGUAUGGGUAAAUCCAGAGCGGGAAAGACGCAACAUGAGAUGAGCCACUUGUUCCACGGCUUGUUGAUCAAUCUCAUACGGCGUUCCGAUUGCCAGACAGCUCAGACGGCGCCCUUCAGGCAGAUGCCGACAGAAGGCAAAGAUCUCCAGGCUCACUGGAAGAAAUGGGUAGAGGCCGAGGAGAAGAAGCGCUUGGCCCUCCUUUGUUUCAUGUGGGACACUCAGCAUGCCGUUCUAUUCUGCCAGAGUUUGUGCAUGUCUGCAUUUGAAUUGCGCCUCACCAUGCCUUGCAGUCAGGCCGCGUGGGAGGCCAAGGACGAGACGGCUUGGAAGACCGUUCAAAUGGCGGAUUCCCAGCCAGAAAUUACGUACCUGAAUGCGCUCAAGCGCUAUCUAUGCAACCCUGGCAUUCAGCGCCCAAUGAACCUGAAUGCUUUCUCUCGUGUCUUGGUACUCCACGGCUUGAUGUCCAUUUCUUGGGACCUGGAAAGACGUGACCAGACAGCCCUUGGUGUCGUCAGCUUUGUCGGCGGCGUCAGCUGGCGAAAUAAGCUCGAAGUAGCCUACGAUGGCUGGAAAGUUGACUUUGAUGCUUACACGGCCGAUUUUGAAAUCAAGCUGCGUCAACAAAACCAAGCAUCUAGUGAGGAUGCCAUGGCAAUGCGUCGGGAGUUUGCCACUUUUACCACGGCGUACAAUUCGGUCUACCACGCCGCCCAAAUUCUGCUCAAGUCAUCCUUUCUCGACGUCCAAAUAUACGCGGGCUCGCGUCACAUUUUGGGCAGGCCAGUCAACCGAUUUGACUACAUUCGGUCGGAAAAAGUAGUCAAGCAGUGGGCUGCGGGUGCACACAGCGGAGAGCAACCAUCCGCCGCUACCUCGCCCCGAGACCCGAGCUCGUCAUCUACAAACGCGGCGGCGGCGGCAGCGAUACAUGCCGCAAACAUGCUCUCGGAUGCGUCGACCAACCUCGAUGAUUUUGACUCAAUGGGCCUCUUUCACCUGCCGUGGUGCCUGUACCUCGCGACUUUGACCCUGUGGGCGUACAACCACGCGCGUCCUAGCAGGUGGGGUAGACCCGAGGACGAGAGCAGCGAAAUGGUCUGGGACGCCAAGAAGGACAUGGAAGAACUACUGGCGAGCAUGCGUACGGCUAAGCCAUGGGAUCUUGGUCAGACCCAAUCGAGGCGUAGCACGGGAGGCUUGACCUGGAUCAUGGCCGAGGCUCUGAGCAAGACAAGAUGGGGAAUUGUGCAUGCGGGCGUCUUGGUGUUGAAAGCGCUGAUUCCCAUGCGGCUUAUUGGACAAUAUGAGGCUUCAUGA